AUGGCUGGCAGAACUCCGAAAGCUGUGCUGAAAGGGUUCAUCACUGACAAGCUGGAACGUUAUCUGUCAGGCGAGAUGUGGGCCAACAACCAUAUUAAACUCCAGCUCCGAGCAGCGCGCCCCUCGGCCAUGGCUUUGAGUGCAACCAGAGCUGAACACUGCGCGGUGGGGCCGGAUUCCUUCCGACAACAGUCACGUUCUUUUAAAAACUUCCUCCAGAAGUUUCAGCAGAAGGCUCCGAAGCAAACUAAGCAGAAGAAAUCCAAGUCGGCUGAAUUUCUGAUGGUUAAAGAAGAUAAAGAAGCUAUGGAAGGCAUUGGAAACCCUGCUUUUAACAUGAGCAGCCCUGAUCUCUCCAGAUAUCAGACUUCAGAAAAGAAAGUUAUUAGACAUGACGUGCUGGAUCGCACCCUUGCAGCUCACCAACAAAAAUGCAGGCUGCUAACCUCUGCUGAACCGAAAGGAAAUGAAUACAGCAGAAAUUACUUUGACCCACUGAUGGAUGAGGAAAUAAACCCAAGGCAGUGUGGGAUGGAGGUCAGCAGAGAGGUUCAUAAUAGGAUUCUCUAUGAUGGUCGAUUAAGGCGACUGUUUGGCAAGAAUGGACGAGCAGGAGCCCAAGAUGAAAGCAUCAAGAAGGAGCCUUGGGGUUCUGAAGAGCUGACGAGUUCCAGUAAGAGUCUUGAACCCCACAGAGACGACAGUGAAGCCGCCUCGGCUUACAGCGAGUUUAGAAGAUGUGCUCAGAAAGAUGCACUUUGGCUUGGAAGUUCUUCAUUGAAACAGGUUCAGGCAGCAAAGCACCCACGUGGCUCUAACUGGUGGCGUCACACCCGCUGUGUUGGUAGUCUGGGUAACACGGAGCAGGGCCUCUUCUCCGUGUCGGCUGGAAGCCCCCAGAACCCCUGUGCUCCUGAAUUCCUCCUCGAACUUCUGCAACUCCUGCGGGAGUUCUGCCUUGGAAAGAAAGAGUUGGGGCGAGGAGAAGAUUUGAAAUUUGAAGGGGAAGAACUCAAUCAGUACAUUCCCAUGUCAUGUUUAAAGACUGACAAAACAUUUAAGAAAGCUCCAAGUCAGCCAUUAAUUGCAGACCUAAAUGUCUGUCAAGAAGACAGUGCUGUCACAGAAGGAACUUCUGACCCAAAGGGAGCAGCGGGACCUUGCUUGAAGGUUGAACAGUGUCAGUCUCCUCAGCCUCUUCAAAUACAAAUGAAAUGCAUAAGGGGCUUGAAGAACAAGGCUCCCCAAGGCUCUUACCUCCUUAAAGUGUCCCUGCUUAGCCAACCAGGCGGUCGUGUCUUGCAUUGGUGGCAAACAGAGCAACUGAAGACUAGAACCCACCCAGUGAGGCAUGAUGGAAACUUUUAUGAUGUGGGGCUGUAUUUCCAUGAAAACCUUUAUGUGGUACUUCCUCCUAAGAAAGAUGUGAAACCUGGCAUGGCUUUCUUAUUUGAACUCUUUCUCCUUCGUGGGAAGUAUUCCUGUGUCGACUGUGUUGUGGGCUGGUCAGCCUUCCCUUUGUGUGAUAACAACUUUGAUAUAGUGGAGGGAAAAUUCAAGUGUCCCCUUCUUCGAGGACAUUAUGACCAGAAACUCAACAGCUUCAGGAAAAUCGAAGAUUUUAUUUGUCUUGAUUUGGACCACUGGCUGUGCAAUCUCUAUUUUCAGGUUGUUAAACUUCCUCUGUCUUCAGAUGAUCAUAAAGCUUGUGCAAGACAUAUUCAUCUUCCUCCUGAAUUUCCAGUUUGUUUAAUGACUGGAGCAGAGAAAACAAAACCAGGUGUGGAAAAUACAACUGGACUUUCAAAGAAAGAAAAAGAGAAAAAUAUCUCUGUGACAAUGGAUGAUGAAGCUAAAUCCUCAUUACACUCAUCUCAGGGAAGUAUUUUGACUAAAAUUCGUUCUUGCCCUUCGAACUGUGAUCUCAGUCUCUUAAAAGAAGACCAGGAAUUACGCAGGAAGGGAGAAAGUCUGAAUGAUCAUUCUGGGAAAGAAAAAUCAAGUCCUUGGAGAACUGGAGAAAUUGAAGAUAACUCACAGGAUAUAUCUUACUUGGAGGAACUGGAAAAACACAGAUAUUCAGUUUGCUGUCCUUCAGUUGCUGGCAGUACCGGGCCUGGAGAAUUCUUCAAGCAUCUCCAUUUUGCACUGGGGUCGGUGUCUUCAGAACUUCAAUUAGCUCAAUGGCGAAGCCAGGCCUUCUGGUACAUCAUCCUGCUGAUGGCCUCUCUCUGGUUCCUGAGGCUCUACCUGCACUACCUUAGCCAGUGGCUCUUCCUCCAGGCCAUGUCAACCCCUGUUACAAAAUUCCAGUUUUCCCCUCUCACGGUUGAGCUUUGCUACCCAUCUUCAUCACUUCAAAUCAGUGAAGAGUUGCUCGUGGUUGUGUCGGGGCCUUUAAUGCUGAACGCAAUGAUACUUCCCUUGGUUCUGAUCAGAUGGGGCUGUCAGCUGCUUUUUGCUGACUGCCCUGACGCCUUGUCAAAGUUAAUCAUUGCCAUGGGACUAUGGACAGUUCUGGACCCAUUGGCAGUGUUUCUAGUGGAUACUGUCCUGGGGCGGCUCACACCUGCUGGGGAGGGUCCCGUGGCUGACGCGGCAAAGCUCUACUGGGCGUUUGUGAGAACCACACAAUCGGGAGCUCUUGGUGUGAUGCUCACGGUGCUAAUUGACAUUCUCCUGGUCAUCAUUUCUUCUUUGAUCUUAUAUUUGUACUGUCUCAGAUUGUGCAAUGAUUCUUGGAUACUGGAUGCAUUUCAGCGCAUCCACAGUGAAGAAACCAAGUUUUUCAUGCCAUAUGAUUUGGAGAUUUCCAAUCAGGAGCUAAGUUAUAUAGUGAAAAAGUCUGAGCAAUGGAGAGGAAUUCAUGGUGAAAGAAGGAAGGUGGCAGUGUAUGAUUAUACCUGGAAAAGCCAUGCUGUCAAGUCCGGCAUCUCCAGCUGUGACCCGCAACAUCUACAAAACAUCUCUGAGUCUGCAAGUGGUCCAGGAGAUAUUACUUCUCACGUAUCCGUAUACACCGUUUAUCCCAGUGGGUUCCGAGAGCUUUACCGCCAUUUCCUCAGGCUCCCUGGUGGUGCUAUUAUUGAGAUGUCAGCAGGUUAA